GAGGAUGGAGGUUGUUAAGGAGGAUGCAUGGAGGAGGGUGGGGGUUUACCGCAGUAUCACUGGGUUUCUGCAGCACUCAUCAAAACUCUGCGGCAUGCAGACUGAGCUGGGGGAGGCGCACACCGGGACCUGCCUUCACUGCUGCCAUCAUCCAGCCUGUGCGCGUUUCUGACUCCAUCCUCAUCCACAGCUCUUUAUCUGCACCACCUCCCUCUCUGUACUCCACCCAUCACCUCCAGCACAGGCGCGGGCUCCACACUUGUAUGAGAAGAUGGCAAAGGAUGGAGAAAAAGGCGAGUGGAAGGACUUUAUAUGGAACCCGAGGACGAGGGAGUUCCUGGGCAGGACGGCGAGCAGCUGGGGUCUUAUUAUUCUUUUCUAUGUAGUCUUCUACAUCUUCCUGGCCGGCUUGUUUGCGCUCACCAUGUACGUCAUGCUGCAGACUCUGGACGACCACAAACCCACCUGGCAGGACCGGCUCUCCACACCAGGCAUGGUGAUCAGACCCAAAGCAGACGAGACCUUUGAGAUCGUCUAUAACAUCCAGAACACUGAGAGCUGGGACCUGUACGCUCAGGCGCUGGACAAGUUCCUGUCACCCUACAACAACUCCAUCCAGGCCCAGAAAAACGACGAGUGCACCCCGGACCAGUACUUCGUGCAGGAGGACAGCGGCGACGUGAAGAACAACCCGAAGCGCUCCUGUCAGUUCAACCGCACCAUCCUGGAGGACUGCUCUGGAAUCGGUGACCGUUACUAUGGUUACCAGGACGGCAAGCCAUGCAUCAUCAUCAAGCUGAAUCGGGUGAUCGGGAUGAAGCCAGGAAGCAGCGGAGACGCUCCGUAUGUCACCUGUGGUGCAAAGAGAGAAGACUCUGAAAAAAUCGGACAGCUGAUGUACUUCCCUCCAAACGGCACGUUCAACCUCAUGUACUACCCUUACUAUGGCAAGAAAGCUCAGGUCAACUACUCUCAGCCUUUGGUUGCCGUCAAGUUCCUCAACAUCACCACCAACCAAGACGUCAACGUCGAGUGUAAGAUCAACUCCAACAGCAUUCCUGAGGGGAGCGAAAGAGACAAGUUUGCCGGACGAGUGUCCUUCAAGCUGAGGAUCAACACUAAUAACUAGGUUGACCUUUUUUCAUCUCCUCCUGUCUCCAUUCUCUGCAACAUUGCACAUACACAGAAACAAAUCUCAGUAUUCACACCCUUUGUAGGAUUUGUUUACAGCCCCCUCCGACCCCUCCGGCCCCGCCUGCCCUCAGAUAUCUGGGGGACGUUGUUUGUCUUAGUCGUGUGAUGAGAUGAGGCGAGUAUUUAAAAAAAAGGGUGGUAAUCCUGUCAUUAUUUCUGUCUGUGAGCUUUGGGACGACUUCUUUUCUGUAAAUUAGUUUGAGGUGACGUCUAUUUAUACUGCAUGACAAAGUACGGGGACGUAAAGGAAGUGAACAUGUGUUUUCAAACGUUUGCAAGGAUCAGCAACAUUACCACGUGAUUAUUGCUGCUCCCCCUCCUGCUGCCUCCUUAUAGAGAAUCCCUCUAUAUAUGAAUAUACACACGUCACAAUACAAAAUGUGUAUAUCUACAGUAUUUAUACGGUAUCAUAACCUUAUAUCGGUAUAUUUUGUUGCACUUGAAAAGAAUAAUCCAAACAGACUCGCGUUUAUCUCGAUGGACGGAUGCAGAGAUGAAGCCAUUUUGCAUGUGUGUGUAUUGUCUUUAGUGUGCUGUGAGGGCAGGAGGCCCCGAGACGACCCACCUCUGUUUCAAACCCGCUGACCACCAGGGGGGGAACCACACUGUAAUGUACCACACCUGAGCAAACAGCAGCAACAGACAGAGGGGUGAAACAGGCAUCUCCAAAGUUAGGUCAAAACCUUUAAGAGUGUGUGUGUGUGUGUGUGUGUGUGUGCUUCAUUCACAGCUCCCAUUUCAUACUGUAGGUCGGGAAGUUGCAUGCAAUGUGCAAUAUUCAUAAAGUGGCGUACAUUAUGAAUGCUUGAGUCAUUAUUUUCGCCAAACGGAGCACGACAGGUUGGAGACGUCAUAAAAAAACAACAUCAAACGAAAAGAAGUUCAACCAGCAGCAGCCAACAUUUCCUUCUCUUUGAAAUAUUUAGACGUUUCUUUGCGUGUUGCAUCUAUUUCACGUAUCAGAAAUAGAUGCUGUUGUCAUAUUUUGUAUUGAUUUGCACUGAAGUGUGCUUCUACUUCUUUAUUUUUGUUAAGUACUGUACAUCUGUGGAGGAAACAGUUUGUUUCAUCCUCUAAAAUAUUCAUAUUCCUCUAAAGGUCGAGUAGAGUUUUGAACACGUGAGUUCUUAGUGUGUCAGUUUUGUCUCGUAGGCGUGUAGGAAACCGACAGAUUGGCACGUUUAAUUCUUAUUUUUUUGUCGUAGUAUCUCCACUGUUUUAUGAAUCGGCGUCACAGAGCGGAGCUGAAUGUGAUGAAAACACACCUGCAGACAUCGGCACACACACUUUUUUUAAACAGCACUGAAUGGAGUGUGACCCCGACGCGUCACUGCUGCAGAAUAUGGAACGUGGCCAUCUGUUCGCUGGCUCCACUUCAUCUCCUUUCAGAAACCUUCACCUUCGUUAAGACGCUUCAGUCUGAGUGUGUGUUCAUGACGAAGCUCCAGCUCUUUUUGUCUUUUUGUUAGUUUUCUGAGACAGUCCACAGGUCGGCUCACAUGCUUUUCUCCUCUGGCAUUCCUGCAACAGUUACUUAAUUUCACUGUAAUCUCUUAAUCUGGUUAGAUAAUCCAGAGCAGGCACGCUGAACUUCUUUACCCUACUUCGUCGCUCCUCCUCCUCCUCCUCCUCCUCCUGCUUGCCUGACUCCCCGUCAACGUGCUCAGAUUGGUUCAUUCAUUUCACCUCAAAAUACUUUCAAUCUUAAUUUCCCCUGAUCAUAAAAUCAGCUGAGGCUUAUUUUUUAAAAAUCACAACACAGAGAAAUAAAAUGUUUCAUGGCUCGUGUGCAUGCAGAGAUUUAGUCCUUCAACCAAAGAUCUUCAUGACAGUUUGAUCCUCAGCAGCUCCCUGUGUUAUUAAAACGCCUCCUCUUCUUCUUAUAUAAUAAUAAUAAUAAUAAUAAUAAUAAUACGCACAAAAGGAACACGUCUCACUAACUGACAGAACAGUGCCUCCUGGUGGACAGACAGUGUUGUUCCCCCAGUGUCACAGAAUGUCUUUUGUUUUCUCCAUUUAUCAGUUUGUUUGUUUCCUCUGUGAUAAUUUGGAGAUGUCCUCAAAAAGCAAUAUAUUUAUUUCUUCUGUGGCUGUAUGAUGUAUUUAUUGGAACAAAAUCAAAACGUAUCACGCGAGAAGGAAGAAACGGGAAAGAACGCACACAGUGUGCUUUAUCGUGAUGGAACAAUAUAAAAAAGUAUUGUUUUCUUUAUAAAGAGUAUUUUUAUUGCUAUUUUGUUGUAAAGAGGAGAGAAUGUAUAAGCUUGGAUUGUAUCAUGUCAUGGGAGGUUUUCAUCAUUUAAUUCAACAAAUGGCAAAAUGUCAACAGCUCUUUGGAAACGUUUUUUUAACGUUCUGUCAUUGUUUGAGUCCUUUCUGCUUCCUUGAAGCUCGUGACGUUCAGCAGUGAACGUUCUCUGAACACUGAGGCCCAUUGUGUGUGAAUUAAGUUAUUAAUAGUGAGUACGUCAGAGCGAGCAGAGAACGUUCAUGUGCAGAACAAAAUGACGACGCAAAGUCAGAGAGUCAUCGAGGAAGAACGUCGACCCCGACCCGGCCCCGACCCGGCCCGACCCGGCCCCGACCCGGCCCCAACCCUCGUCUUAAAUCGUACUAUUGCCUAAAAAUUGUGGUGCAAGGAACGUUCAAGAAACAAACCCCAUGAAAUUAGUUGAGAUACUCAAGGAUGAUAACUCUAUUCUGGAUCUUUAUUUAAGCUCUUACUGUAUGUAUAUUUUUGCUCAUGUUUACUGCAAACCAAGAUAGAGAAAUAAAUAAAUGUCAUUUAAGGGAA